AUGUCUGCGCGGCCGACCAGCGAGCCCGCGGGGCCUUCCGUCAAGACCGAGUUCCCCGGCCCGGAGACCAAGAAGCACCUCGAGAAGAUCCACGAGGUGUUUGACAGCCGGAACGCAUUCCUGGUCUGCGACUACACCAAGAGCUUCGGCAACUAUCUCGUUGAUACCGAUGGCAACACCCUGCUGGACGUAUACUCCCAGAUCGCGUCCAUCCCCCUGGGCUACAACAACCCCGCACUGAUCAAGACGGCAUCGAGCGAGGAGAUGCUGGACGCCCUCGUCAACCGGCCGACGCUCGGUGCUUUCCCCUCCCACAACUGGUCCGAGGUCAUCUCGACCGGAAUCCUGCGGGUCGCCCCCAAGGGCCUGGACAAGGUCUUCACCGCCAUGGCCGGAUCCGACGCAAACGAGCUGGCCUUCAAGGCCGCAUUCAUGUACCGCCGGCAGCACGAGCGCGGCGGGCCCCACGUCGAGUUCACCGACGAGGAGAUCGAGUCCUGCAUGAACAACCAGUUGCCGGGCUCCCCGCAGCUGAGCAUUCUCAGCUUCCGCAACUCCUUCCACGGCCGCCUCUUCGGCUCGCUGUCCUGCACGCGCAGCAAGGCGAUCCACAAGCUCGACAUCCCCGCCUUUGACUGGCCCCAGGCCACCUUCCCGCAGCUCAAGUACCCGCUCGAGGAGCACGAGGCGGAGAACGCCGCGGCCGAGCAGGCGUCGCUCGACGAGGUGGAGCACCUGAUCAAGACCUGGCGCCUGCCCCCCGUCGCCGUGAUCGUCGAGCCCAUCCAGGCCGAGGGCGGCGACAACCACGCCUCCCCGGCCUUCUUCCAGAAGCUCCGCGCCCUGACCAAGAAGCACAACGUCCUGCUCAUCGCGGACGAGGUGCAGACCGGCGUCGGCUCCACCGGCAAGUUCUGGGCCCACGAGCACUGGAACCUGCCCGCCGACUCCCCGCCCGACAUGGUCACCUUCGCCAAGAAGGCCCAGACGGCCGGCUACUACUACGGCAACCCCGAGCUGCGGCCGAACAAGGCCUGGCGCCAGUUCAACACCUGGAUGGGCGACCCUGCCCGUGCCAUCCUGUUCCGCGGCAUUAUCGACGAGAUCGAGCGGCUGGACUUGGUCAACCAGACCGCGCGGGUGGGCAAGUACCUGUUUGGCAAGCUGGAGGUCCUGGCCAAGAAGUACCCGCAGGACAUCACGAACCUGAGAGGCAAGGACAGGGGCACUUUCAUUGCGUUCGACAGCCCCAAGAGGGAUGCGUUCAUCAAGAAGUCUAAGGACAUGGGUGUGAACAUGGGCGGCUGUGGUGUUAACGGAGUGCGUCUGCGGCCGAUGCUUAUCUUCGAGGAGAAGCAUGCCGAUAUCCUGAUUGAUCGGCUGGAGAAGAUCAUCAAUGCAAUCUAG